AUGUUCAAUAAUUUAUUACUACAAUUCAUUAUUUUUGAUUUUAUAAUUAUUAAUUCGGAUAGUAAAUCUCAAUCAAGACAAUAUCAAAAUAUUUUUAAUAAUCCACAAUUUUAUUAUCAACAACAACAGCAACAACAACAACAACAACAAUUAUCAGUCGAUGGUCAAAAAUGGUUUUAUUCAUCAAAUCAACAACCAAUAGCUUAUUCAUGGUAUUGGACAAAUAAUGAUGUACCAUCAUCGAAUUUUUAUAAAAAUUCUCUAUCAUUACAACAAACUAAUCAAUUAGCAAAUUGGGCAUGUGGAAGAAGUCAAGUAACAAAUCGAUUUGCACGUAUUAUGGGUGGACAAGAUGCUGUACCUCAUUCAUAUCCAUGGAUGGUUUCAUUAGCUAAACGAUCUUUAAAUAAUUUGCAUUUAUGUGGUGGUGUUCUUUUAACAAGACGUCAUGUUUUAACUGCUGCACAUUGUAUGGAAGAUUUUAAAGGUGUUUCAGAUAUGAAUAUAUUAGCUGGUAUUCAUUAUAUUACUGAGAAAAAACAUUCUAUACCAGCAUU